AUGGAAGAUGAAAUGAUAGAUAUUGAAGACAUAAUAAAUGCUGUAGUUAUAGAGCCCCAAGUGAAUCAAUGGAAACCAAGGUUUAAGAUGGAGUUUGAUACGGAACAAGAGGCAUACGAAUUUUAUAAUGCAUAUGGGGGUAGAGUUGGAUUUAGCAUCCGGAGGGAGUAUUUUAAUAAUAGCCAUAAAACUGGAAAACUUUUAACGAGGUUGUUUACUUGUUGCAAGGAGGGUGUUAGGAAGAAGGAUAGAAGGGACAAACAUACAAAGACUCCGCGAGCUGAAACAAGAACUGGUUACGGUGCACGAAUGCAUAUUAAAUAUGAUGAAGCAAAGGGAAAGUAUUUAGUUGAUAAUUUUAUAGAUAGUCACAACCAUCCGUUGAUAAUUGAUGAAUGCACCCACAUGAUGCCGUCGCAGAGAUGUAUUUCUAGCGUCCAGGCCAUUGAUGUGGACUUGGCUUCAGAUUCAGGUAUUGCAGCUCGUAAUUCAUAUGAGUUAAUGGCAAGGCAAGCUGGUUGUAAAGAAUCAGUUGGAUACAUUAAGCUGGACCAACAAAAUUAUAUAAGGACCCGCAGACAGAAUGAGUUUCAAUAUGGUGUGGCAGCAUGGCUCACCAAUUAUUUUGUCACUCAUACUUGUGAUGAUCCUUCAUUUUCUAUGCCUUACAGUUGGAUGCUGAACAGAUGA